GCCAACGUCAAAAGUUUAGUGAGGUUAAUGUUCUUUGAAAUGUCAUCCCUUUUUUAGUUUCGCAAACUUUGGCCCUAAUUAUAUUUUUGAAAGAAAAAUACAAUGUUGUAAAGAGUAACUUUCACUUAUGUGUAAUGAGGCGAUACGGGCAUGUCUUUGUUACAGUUAGCGGCCAAGGAGGCUAAAAUAUUGUCCUCGACCAGCCACGAUUCCAAUGAUAAUGCUAUCAGCGAAUCUCUCGACAAUAACAGUUCGAGUUGUACCUCAGUUAGUGAUAAUAUUGAAGUGGGAACUGGUACAGAUCUCUUUCGAGACGACGGCGAAAAUCUUACAAUAACUCUAAGGAUGCUCCAUUUUUGUAGAGAUCUGGCAAUUUUUUGUUUUGUUAUGGUAACAUAUGCAGCUCUUGCCAAAGAUCCUCCAAAAGUAUCGAGAGCACCUGUGGCUUACCCAUUCUUCCCACAGACUACAAUCUUGACAGAUUGGUACAGGGGUCAAAUCAGUAAAGCUAUAGAAAAUGCUAGGUCUAGUGAUGUGGCAUUUAUCAUGUUUUAUGCUCCUUGGGAUGCAGAAUGUCAAGCAGCACGAAAGGAAUUUCAAUUGGCAGCAGAAUAUAUGCACGAACGUGUUAAAUUUGCUGCCGUCAAUUGUUGGCAACCCCAAAGUGAAUGUCGGACUCAAUAUAAUAAAGUAUAUAGGUGGCCAGUACUUAUAGCAUAUCCUCCACAUGGACGUGGAAUACAAUAUAAUGGCCCUGUAACUGCUUUCCAUAUAAUUCAAUUCUUGCAAAAAAUAUGUAAUCCGAUAAUGCGUAUAAAUAAUGAAUACCCUAAAGAUUUUGAUGAUGCGUACCUUAUUGCUGAACUGAACACCUCUCCAGGAAGCUUAGCCUUUGCAGUAUUUUAUACAACAGCCCUGAGAUAUCUAGAGAAGGACCCUCAGUAUCGCAUUACAUUUUAUGUGAAACCAUCUAAUGUUUCCCAGCCAUCAUUACACUUACAUCUGUGGAAUGAAACACUAAUAUUUCCAAUUUCUGAUUUACCAUGGCAUCCAGAUGAAAUAUUGAAGUGGAUUUUUGAUAAUUUGCAUCAAGUAACAUCAUGGGUUCUACCUAGUGGAUCAAAAAGCACAACUCUUUCAACUAAUAUGCAAAAUGGGCCAACUCUAAUUCUAUUUACUCCAAGAAAUCCUUUAAGAGUUCGUACUGAUUACUACCACAUGGUAUGUCAAGAUUGUCGUCAUGCUAAAGAUUAAUUUUUCUGAUGCAUA